AUGUGCACGGGCAUCAUAUCUGCCGGUGGCAAGCCUUUGCCGGUUCCCUCCCCUUUUGUCAACCAUCUCCUCUUCCGUCGUGGUUCCUUCAUCCAACGCUGCCUUCAGCCGCCAAUCUUUGCACCCCGCGUAGAGAGAACAGCCGGCCUUCGUCCCCGAUCAUCAAACCUUUUGACCGCCAAUCCGCCAUGCUAUAUCGCCGGGCAUAUCAUCCUCCACUUCGAGCAUCCACAACUUUGUAUCCUGUCGCCCUCACUCUCAUUGUGCCUUGCAAAGGUUCCCAGCUAUUCCUCCUGGCUAUUCUGCCAAUCUCCGGCUGGUAGUCAAGUAGAGAAGGGAAUAGAUGCGGGGCCGAAUGACUCGAAGGAGUACCCCGAGGAGGUGAGGAAUCUGGUACCACAAUCGGCCUCAUCUACUCCUGCCCCUCCAAGAACGGAAGCCCUAAAGUCCACCGACGAAGGCCCUGUCGCCACCGCUCGGAAGCUUCUGAUCUCGUCUCCCACGCCUUCACUGGAUCCCAGAAUUGCCCUUUGGAUGAACGAAACGCGUUCAUAUGCGGGAACAAUCACGAUCGACAAAGAUAAGCAAAGAGCAUCCCGUACCGCGAGAGAGGCAUCCCAGGCCCGCUUUUCCAUCAACGGUGUACCUCAGCUGGUUUUCUUUGUGGAUGGAUCAAUCCAGGGCCUUUCGGGUAGGAGAUUGGACCAGGGUUGGACAAAUGGAGGCUAUAGGGUGGUCUUCAGGAACCCUUUUGACGAUACAAUCCCUUUUGUAUCUCGUUACAAAAACCCCAUUCGAUUGCUCGACAACCCGAAAAUCAGGGCGUUACAGCAGGGCGUCGACAAUGACUAUGUUCUCGAGGAGGAAGGGGAAGUUUACGAUGACCCGUCUCGGGUUGUGGACUUCACGGUCCUGUGUUAUGGGUCCAGGAAAGUAUUUUCAGUACCUCAAGUCGAGCUUGCAGCCGUAUCGCAGGCCCAAGAGACAGCGAUUCGAUAUAUUGACAAACAUCAGCCCCCGACGUCGGCCGUGACUAUCUACUCGGAUGCAACUUGUGUGUUGGAGAGGAUCGAAAAAGGUAUCAUUUCUGAUCCGCCGAAGGGGUUUACGUUGAGAUUGUGGUCCAAGGUUUCAAAUCCGCUGGUGCGAGCCAUCAUCUGGCAGUCGCAUUACUUGCGGUCGCGCGGGUGUCAGCUUGAGAUCAGAUGGAGUCCUCGCUGUAGUGCUCUUGGCCCUGCUCUCGCCGACGCUGCUGCGUGCGUGUGGAGGGAAUGGCCAGAGAAGGCGUUGUCGCAGCGUCACCUUGCUGUGGAUGUUAGAGACGGAAUGUUGGACAAGUUGAGCGAGGAAAUUAAUAAGAGCUCAUAA